AUGAGAAGAGCGUUUAUUCUCCUCGGCAUUGAAGAAAAAUACAGGGAGUUAUUGAAAAAGUCGGACAUAACAGAUGAGCUGUUUGGCAAUGAAUUGUUUAAACGACUUAAGCAUACGAAAUCCUUGGGCGUGGAAAGAAGGCCCCCAACGGUCUCUGAGGUUCAAAGACCGCCCGAGAAACUCGCAGUGGAACAAAAGAGCGCCGACACGGUCGACGAGACCAGACCACCACAAGCGCUAGAGGGCCAGUAUUUUGAAUUUUUAUGUCUGCCAUUUGGUCUUAACGUAGCUCCGUAUGUAUUUACAAAGAUUCUGAAGCCAAUGGUGAACUAUCUGCGUAAGAAGGGACUUUCUUCCGUUUUAUAUCUAGACGAUAUGCUCCUUGUCGCAUCAUCCAGACAGGAAUGUGCUAGUAAUGUAACGACGUCAAUUAAGGUUUUGGAGAGAUUAGGCUUUAUCAUUAACUAUAAUAAAAGUAGUUUGGAACUCAGCCAAAGGACGGAAUUCUUAGGUAUACUAUAUGACACUAGGAAAAUGUCAUUAGAAUUGCCGACGGAUAAAAGGGGCAAAUUGCUCAGUCUUUUGGCAGAAUUUAGUCCCGGAAAAGUGGUUUCUCUUAGGCAAUGGUCUAGUUUCGUGGGCUCGAUUAAUGCAGCGUGUCCGGCAGUGAAAUAUGGCCGCUUAUAUACGAAACGGUUUGAACGGGUUCGGUAUUUAGAAUUAUUGAAAAAUAAUGAUAAUUAUGAGGCGAAAAUUCUUAUUCCAGAGAGUCUCAGUUCAGUUUUUGAUUGGUGGAGAAGGAAUAUUCCUAGUUCCUCGAAUCCGAUUCGACAAGGCAAUUAUACACGCGAAAUUUUCUCCGACGCGUCCACCACAGGAUGGGGUGCGUUCUGUGACGGACAUAAAGCUCGAGGGUUUUGGACAGAGAGAGAGCAAAAAUUUCAUAUUAACCGGUUAGAACUCCUAGCAGCUUUGUUCGCGAUAAAAAGCUUUGCGAAGGAAAUUAAGAGUGCAGAAAUCCUCCUGCGCAUGGACAAUACCACGGCAAUAGCGUAUGUCAAUAAGAUGGGGGGAGUGCAACAUCCUAAUUUACAUAGGAUUGCCGAGGAAAUCUGGCAGUGGUGUGAGUCGCGAGAUAUCUGGUUAGUGGCCUCGUAUAUAAAAUCCAAGGACAACGUGGAAGCUGACCAAGAGUCGCGGGUACAGAACAUAGAUACGGAGUGGGAGUUAGCAGACUAUGCGUUUCGUCAGGCGGUCGAAACGUUUGGAUAUCCGGAGAUUGAUUUGUUUGCCACACGAUGUAAUACAAAAUGCGAAAAAUAUUUCUCUUGGGACAACGAUCCAGAAGCGUUAGCGGUUGACGCUUUCACUAAGGAUUGGCAUUCAAUUGGGCUCUUUUGGGCGUUUCCGCCGUUCGCUCUUAUUUUAAGAGUUCUAAAAAGGAUCGUGAUCGAUAGGGCCACGGGCAUAAUGAUAAUCCAUUCACCACCCGCUAGCAGGAAGACUGUCCCUGAUGGUAGGCAUAUUAUCAGGGAGUCUUUCAGAAGGAGGGGGCUGCCAGGACCAGCCUUAGAUAUCUUUGAAGCCUCAAUAGCGGAGUCAACGCGUAAACAAUACGCCGGUCCAUUAACACAAUGGUGGUGGGUCUUUUGCGUCGAUCAGGGGAUAGAUCCCUAUCAACCAAGAGAAGAAGAGGUCAUCAAAUUUCUGACUAAAAAAUUCGAAGACGGAGCGGCGUAUGGAUCCUUGAACUCAAUACGAUCGGCGAUUUCCCUAAUUAGUGGGAGCAGCAUUGGCCAGAAUAGAAAUAUCUCCAGAUUUUUUAAGGGAGUAUUUAUGCUUAGACCUACAAAACCAAAAUACGACAGAAUUUGGGAUGUUAGCGUAGCCUUUCAGAAAAUUGAGGAAUGGUUUCCGUUGAAUGAGUUGGCCCUUGAUUGCUUAGGGGAGCGUCUUGUGCUGCUGCUUGCAUUGGGCACUGCACAUAGAGCGCAAACAUUAGCCUUGAUCAAGCUGUCUAAUAUGAAGCAUAAUGUAGAGGGAUACGAAGUAGAAAUAUCGGAUAGGAUUAAGACCUCGCGGCCGGGAGCGUAUCAACCGUUAUUAAUUCUACCUUAUUUUUCGGAGAAUCCUAAACUCUGUAUUGCGUCAACCCUUGACGCUUAUAUCCAACAGACAUCGCACUUGCGAGGAGACAUAGAUCAUCUCUUUCUGACAACCAAAAGGCCGUUCCGGACAGCAUCGGCGGCGACAAUAGGUAGAUAG